CUCUCGCUACCCUUCAGUCCUGUCCUGCCCCAGCCAGAGACUCGUGCCACCUUCCUCACCCCCGAUCACCUCUUCUGCCGACUGGAAUGUAUGACUGAUGCACGCCAAUUCAGAUAACACGCCUUCUGCGACGGCCUCAGGGAUGGAGAUAAAGCACUGGAAAGAACAGGUGGUGGACCUGCUGUAUUGGCGAGAUCUGCAGAGGACGGGGGUGGUGUUUGGAGCCAGUCUGUUCCUGCUGCUGUCCCUCAGUGUGUGCAGUAUUAUCAGCGUGAUCUCCUACGUGGGCCUUGCCCUGCUGUCUGUCACCAUCUCCUUCAGGAUGUACAAAGGCAUUUUACAGGCUGUUCAGAAGUCAGAGAAUGGCCACCCCUUCAAGAUGUAUCUGGAUAAAGAUGUCGGGAUCUCUUCGGAGUUGGUUCAUAAGUACGGUGACACGGCUCUGGCGCACUUCAACUCUUUGAUUAAGGAGCUGCGACGACUCUUCCUGGUGGAGGAUCUGGUGGACUCGCUCAAGUUUGCAGUUCUGAUGUGGAUCCUGACCUAUGUUGGUGCCUUGUUCAAUGGUCUUACCCUUCUUAUUUUGGGUCUCAUAGGUGCUUUCAGUUGGCCGGUGAUCUAUGAAAAGCAUCAGGCACAAAUUGACCAUUACUAUGGACUGGUGAACAAGCAAAUCAAAGAUGUUUUGGGAAAGAUCCAGGCCAAGAUUCCCGGAGCAAAGCCAAAGACAGAGUGAAGAAAGUUAGCUAGUGUGUUAUUUCCGUGCACGAGAAGUGAUGGUGGAACAAGAGAAGACAGACAGAAUCGUGUUGUGUUUGGACAAAGGCCUUAGACGAUGCAAUGUAAACUUUACCCCCCUCCCCUCCCCUCCCCCCAGUGUUUGAGUUGUUAGCGUAGCUGAGAGAAUGAAACCUUUUUAAACCUCUUAUCAGUUUCUCUCACAAGCAGAGUCAUCUCUUUCACAGUAGAUCUAGUUCUCCAUGUUUUGAAGUAAACGCAGCUACCUAACACCAUUACAGAAUGUAGUCCGAGGAACUGAUGUUGGCAAAGGCAGCAAUCGAUGAGGAUUUUUCGUUUGCUAUUCAGUCCGUGAAGCGUUCACCUCGUUUGAAGGCCAUUUGUAUUAAUUUCAGUAUGAUAAAGGGAGUGAAAUCUUUUGGUUACGAAGUUCCUUCACAAUAAGUCUUUUGUUUUUAGCUCUUUUUUUUUCCCUUUUCUUUUUUCCUUUUUCAUUUGUACAUUGGCGUGCUUGAACACAGUGGUGUUGUGGUGUAACUGUGUUAAAGUUGAUGCAGUUGUGUUGGAGGUGAAGAUGCUUCUAGUCUUCUGUAGCAGAGUUUAAGAGAAGUUUUAUUUCGCACUUGCCUUCAAAGGGAUCUGUUAUGGCAUAUUUCACCCAACUAUUCAUUGUUUUUAGCAGUUUAGUGAACAAAAAAAAAGGGGCAAACUAGCAUGUAUGCUGUGCUGGCCUAUCACCUUCCUGUCAUGUCAAAAUCAACAUCAUGUUUGCAGAAUUUGCCGUCUCCAUCGUGGAUCGAAUACCUGAAACGGCACACGCUCUUAAUAAAAACUCACAAACUUCAAGCACCGUUUCUUCAUGCAGGUCAUUUGUAAAUGAUAAUUCAGUUUUGAUGAAAAUAUGCUGAAGACUGUCUGUGAAAUGCAUUGUGAAAAAUAAGCCAAUAAAAUACCAAUAAAGCUUGUAGACAAA